AAAUUUAUCAAUUGUAUCAUUAUGCAUUCUCCAAUCUAUUAUACUUCAAACAUUUUCCCUUUAAAUUAACUAAAUGUAUAAUUGACGAACAAGGAAUGUUAUUAUUAUUAGGGUGAAUGAGGUUCAUCGUUAUAUACCGUACCUGGUUAACUUUUUUUUUGUGGUAUGCUCCUGCUUGCUCCUCCUUUUUAAAGAAAAUGAACUAAAAUUUAAAUAUAAAUAAAAUGUAACCCUAGAACCAGCUACUUUAGUUCAAGUUUAUACCAUAUAGACUUUCUAAUCAUAUCUAUCGUCAUGUCAAACUAUACUACGAGUAAUACACAAUCCAUACCGGUGAUAGUUAACCCUGAUGGUUCAACCGUCGGCAAUGGGUCUCACUUAAAUUCAAAUUUAACUUCAAAUUCAAAUCCAGGGCCCACAAGUACAAAUAAUAUAAACUCAAAUCCACCCUUUAAUAAUGGAGUGAAUAAUCGUUUACCUGCCGAUAGAAGACAACCUAAACAACGAUUCGGAUGGGUCAGAAGAUUAAUGCAAACCCCUAAUAAACAACCACCUACAUCUCAAUCAUCACAAGGAGGUCCAGCAUGGAAUCAAAAUGGAAAUAAUUGGUCAGGUUCAAGACCUAGAAAUCAAACUCAAACUCAACCACAAGGUCAACCUAAAGUUCGUGGUGCCAAUAGACGUCGUUUAGAUGAAUCAAAUACCAUUCCAAAUAAUCAUCUUAAUGUCAAUAACAUUGUAAAUAAUAAUAAUAAUAAUAAUCAUAAUGGUUCUAAUGGUAGACAAUUAAGAAUUGAUCCAAAUGCUGAAAGUAGAUCAUUUGUUUCAUUUGAUAGUAGAAAUGAAGGAGAAUUAGAAGAACGAGAUCAAUUUUCAGAUAAUAUAAGUACUAUUCCAUUAAAAUCUAUCACUUCAAGACAAUCAACUAAAGCUCCAUCUAUUUUAAGUGGUAAUGUUCAUGAUGAAAAUAGUUUAGAUGCUUCAACUACUGAAACUUCUUUAGCUCCAAGUACAGCCACAUCAAAUGGUGCAUCACUUACACCUAUAUUAUUAUUACAACAACAGCAACAACAACAAUUUCAACAACAACAACAGCAACAAGGAGCCGCAGUUGUCAUAGUACCUCCUAAUUCCGGUGCUACUUUACAACCUAAUAGUCCAACGACAGGUCAAGAUCGUGAUAGUGAAUCAAUAGUUACAUUGGCAAGUUCAACCAGAAGAAUUAGAAGAAGAAGUAUUGAUACCAAUUGUAGUACAGUUGGUAUUGCUCCAUCUUCAAUCAUGGAAAGAUUAACUGUUCAUCCCACUACUGGUGCUACUAGUUCAUAUGCUGUAAGUAUUAGAACUAAUGAUAGAGCAAGUCAAUUUGAACCUUCACUUUAUGAUAGUACUGAUCAAACCAGUUCUUUAAGAAGUGAACAUGCUAUUGAAGUAUAGUUACUAAACGGUUAUUUAUUUUUUUUUUUUUACAUAUGCCUUUCAAGUUUGUUUAUAUUUAUUUAUUUUGUUUUCCAUUUGAUUUAAUAUGGGUUUAGUUAUCAGGGAUAUUAUUAUUAUUAUUAUUAUUGUUAUUAAUUUAGUCAGUCUAUAGUGUCUGUAAAUAAGGAAAAUUUAAAAUAUAAAACGCUCAAAUAUUAGAUUC